AUGCUGCCCAGUGUUCUCCGCUGUGCCCGUCCCAUCUCCACCAACCUCGCCUUCACCAGGCCCUUAGCCCACUUCAGACCCCACAUGGCUGCUGAUCCCAACCGGCCAGUGGAGGGGGCCAUACGGACCAAGCUCACCCAGCAGCUGGAGCCAGAACACCUGGAAGUGCAGAACGAGAGCCACAUGCAUGCUGUGCCCCCUGGGUCCGAGUCCCACUUCCGAGUCCUAGUGGUCAGCCCACGCUUCGACGGCCUCUCCCUGCUACAGCGCCACCGCCUUGUCAACGAGACCCUAGCCGAGGAGCUGAAGACCUGUGUCCACGCGCUGGCCAUCCAGGCCAAGACGCCCCAGCAGUGGGGCAGCAACCCCAGUAUAGCCAAGAGCCCACCCUGCAUGGGAGGAUCCAAGGGGGACCACACGGUGGAGGAGAAACUCAAGGCAGGAUGGGACGGACCAGCCAAACUCAGCAGUCAUCAGAAUGCAGUUGUAGAGGAUGUCAAUAAACAUUGA